GGAGUUGGAGCGGGGCCGGGCCGCGGCCGCUUGUGCUCGCCGAGCUGCUGCCGCCGGCGCCGCCGGGCGGACGCGCGGACGGGCGCGGAGCCUGGAGCGGACGGCGCGGUGGGGCCGGCGGGGCGCGGCGGCGGGGCUGACUGUCCCCGAUGAGGCGUAAGGAGAAGCGGCUUCUGCAGGCGGUGGCUCUGGUACUGGCGGCCCUGGUCUUCCUGCCCAACGUGGGGCUGUGGGCUCUGUACCGCGAGCGGCAGCCGGACGGCGUCCCGGGGAGGUCGGGAGCGGCGGCGGUCCCCGCGGUGGGACAGGGCUUCCACAGUCGACCAAAGAAGCCACUUUUCCCGGGCGGUGGGCAGACGCUGAAGGACUGGCAUGACAAGGAGGCCAUCAGGAGGGAUGCUCAGCGCGUAGGAAAUGGAGAACAAGGGAGACCUUUUCCCAUGACCGAUGCUGAGAGAGGGGACCAGGCAUACCGAGAAAAUGGAUUUAACAUCUACGUCAGUGACAAGAUCUCCCUGAAUCGCUCUCUGCCUGAUAUUCGGCACCCAAACUGCAACAACAAACGCUACCUGGAGACGCUUCCCAACACCAGCAUCAUUAUCCCCUUCCACAACGAGGGCUGGUCCUCCAUCCUGCGUACUGUCCACAGUGUGCUGAACCGCUCGCCCCCGGAGCUGGUCGCCGAGAUUGUACUGGUCGAUGACUUCAGUGAUCGAGAACACCUGAAGAAACCACUUGAGGACUACAUGGCCCACUUCCCCAGCGUGCGGAUUCUGCGAACCAAGAAACGGGAAGGCCUCAUAAGGACCCGGAUGCUGGGGGCUGCAGCAGCAACUGGGAAUGUCAUCACAUUCUUGGAUUCACACUGUGAAGCCAAUGUCAACUGGCUACCUCCCUUGCUUGACCGCAUCGCUCGGAACCGCAAGACUAUUGUUUGCCCGAUGAUCGAUGUGAUUGAUCACGAUGAUUUUCGGUAUGAGACCCAGGCAGGGGACGCCAUGCGGGGAGCCUUUGACUGGGAGCUGUAUUACAAGCGGAUCCCGAUCCCUCCAGAACUGCAGAAAGAUGACCCCAGUGACCCCUUUGAGUCCCCUGUGAUGGCCGGCGGCCUCUUCGCCGUGGAUCGGAAGUGGUUCUGGGAGCUGGGUGGGUAUGACCCAGGCCUGGAGAUCUGGGGAGGAGAGCAGUAUGAAAUCUCCUUCAAGGUGUGGAUGUGUGGGGGCCGCAUGGAGGACAUUCCCUGCUCCAGAGUAGGCCAUAUCUACAGGAAGUAUGUGCCGUACAAAGUCCCUGCUGGAGUCAGCCUGGCCCGGAACCUGAAGCGAGUGGCGGAGGUAUGGAUGGAUGAGUAUGCAGAAUACAUCUACCAGCGGCGGCCGGAGUACCGCCACCUAUCUGCCGGGGACGUCAUAGCCCAAAAGAAGCUCCGCAGUUCUCUCAACUGCAAAAGUUUCAAGUGGUUUAUGACCAACAUUGCCUGGGACCUGCCCAAGUUCUACCCGCCUGUCGAGCCCCCGGCUGCAGCCUGGGGGGAGAUUCGCAACGUGGGCACCGGGCUGUGCAUAGACAUGAGACACAGCUCCCUGGGCUCCCCACUGAGGCUGGAUAGCUGCGUGCGGGGCCGCGGGGAGGCCGCCUGGAAUAGUAUGCAGGUUUUCACCUUCACCUGGAGAGAGGACAUCCGGCCUGGAGACCCUCAGCACACCAAGAAGUUCUGCUUCGACGCCAUCUCCCACACCAGCCCCGUCACCCUCUAUGACUGCCACAGCCUGAAGGGCAACCAGCUGUGGAGAUACCGGGAGGAUCAGACCUUGUUCCACCCAGUGAGCGGCAGCUGCGUGGACUGCAGCGAAAGCGACCACCGAAUCUUCAUGAACGUCUGCAACCCCUCCUCCCUCACCCAGCAGUGGCUGUUCGAACACACCAACGCCACCAUAUUGGAAAAGUUCAACAGAAACUGAGUCUCGCUGUUUCCCUGGCAGAGCUGGUCCAGGCCGCCCAGCCCACAGGCAGGGCAGGCGGUGGCAGGCACGGUGGGCUGAAAGGCGCUGGCCAGAUUGUUCAGAACAGAGGGGCCCUUGAGGCUGGAGCAGGGGGAUCUGCCAGGCCUUUAUGCUCCUGAGUUGUUAGAGGGAGGGUAGAAAGCAGACCCCUUACACACACACACACACACACACAUACACGCAGACCCCUUACACACACACACACACACGUAGAGCCUGUUUUCAUUCUUGCUGGUAUUGAAGUAAAGGUAAGGCGAGGGGCCUUUCAGCUUUGUCACAUGUCCCCCCCCAAGCAUUAUGUGGACAGUUCCCCAAAAGGGAGCUCUCUGGCAACCUCAAAUCUGAAAUGGUGCCCCAGUUUGUUGCUGGGGGGCAGCUUGAGUCCCAGUUACUCCCAGCUACAGGAGCAGGGGUCUGAAUUCUCGAGUCCUGGGUCCGAGUCACUGCCAUUACCAGCCGGCUUCCGUUCUCUGUCUCAGCCCAGUGACCCCAUGAGAAGCACCCCUGAAACCUUCAGACCCCUCAGUCCUGAACACUGGCCAGCUGCCACGGGUGGGGUGAGAAGAGGACUCCAAACGUUCCUCCACAGCCAUCCACCUGUGAAAUGUCUUCCUCUGGCUCUGUGGGUAUUUGAAAUGCCUGUUUCUGUGCUCUCUGGGCACAAGGUCAUACCAGCCACCAGCUUUUGGGCCGGGGAGAGGCGCAUUCAGAUGGCCCUGGACCUAGACCUCCAAAGUAGCCAUGCUGACAGGAUUUCUCCAUCCAUUCUUCCAUAUCUCCCUCUCCCUCCCCCCCCUUCUCUCUUUAUUUCUCUGUCUCAACAGAGAAACAGGGGUGCUGCGAGACCCUCACCUCCCAGACUGGAGAAUUCCAGGAUACUGUGAGCGACACCUAGCCUUCCAACCAUAGUACAAUCUCUAGUUCUCACACAACUGUAGAUCUCCUGAACAGCCCUUACGAUUCCAUGGCCACUAGAAUGUUCCAGAAGAUUCUGGUAUUCUGAUAUCCAGUUGUGGAUUUCUAAAAUGUGAAAUGCAGGUAGAAUAGUCAAGACAGGCUGCGGCCCACCCCACCCCCAGCCUGAAAUUCAAGGUUGGAGGAAUGAGAAGGAGGGAAGGGACCUCUGUCUGCCAGUUCAUGCCAGGAGAUCUGGUCAGAUGCUCAGCAGAAGCCUCCUCCCUCCCCCCUGCCAUCAACAUGGCAGCUGCAGUUAACAUUAGUAAGGAAGAAGCUAAUGUCUCAUGGCCAAAUCUACAUCCAGCUCUAUGCCAGCCCAUGUUUCUCUUUUGCCAUGGCUCCCAGCAGGUUCCCAGAUGAAUAGGUAGAAUUCUUAAAACCAACUUUGCUACAUGUUAAUUGGCAAAUGGAAAUCCUGCCCACCACCAAGUAUCUACCAGCUAGCCUGGUAGAUGCUUAACAUCAGUAUUCUGGUUGAUGUCAGGUCUCAGUUAGCAACCAAGACAGAAUUCUAGGAGUAGAGUUGAGUAGGCUUUUGAAAUGCUGACUGAUCUCAAAGCCAUCCAUAUUGGGAAUCACACACACACACACACACACACACACACACACAC